CUCCAGAACUUCAACUCUGGUCCUGCCCUUAAGAAUGCGGAGCUUCGCGAUUCUUAUCGCCAACAAUUGAGACGCUCUCGAGUCGUCGCCCCCCCCCGCCGCUUCGCCCGUACCGCCGCACGCAGUACGCCGUAUCGUAAAAAUUCCACACAAAAACCUCCUAUCUAAUCGCCCCCUCGACCAGGGAAUGGUGGGGUCUACCCUGACGAUGCCUCCGCGAUCCUCGUUGACAUCGUCCUUCUCCGUCUCCGAUGCCAACAACGAGGUCGUCUGCCCUCUGCGGAAUCAAGAUGGCUCCAGCUGUCGUAAACGGUGCCUCGGCGUGAGUUCGCUCUGCUUUGCUGUGUCUGCUGUACCCCUCUUGAAGCUCUUUCGCCUCUGCUCCCACCACCGUCCCCCAUGAAGAAGAAGAAGAAGAACAACUGUGGUAACAAGCGACUUGGAUGUGCAGGAAAAACGAUAUCGGUCUAUGCAAGAGCAUAUUCGUCGAGCUCACCCCGAACAUUACAUCUCCAAGCUUCCCGCGACCGAGGAGAGCUUCCAGCUCAUGAUCAAUACCCCGCCAUCGCAGCGACCGCCACCGCCAAGCUCCAACCCAGCUCCCCACGGUUAUGGAAACGAACGGUACGGUUACUAUGGCGAGGAUUCCAGCGCCCCGAAUACCCCGAGGAACCUGGAAGAGUACCAGUCGGCCUCGAUGCUGCCAGCCGCUAGCGCUGCUGCAGCUCUCGCACAGCUACACAAUCACAAACAUGAGCAGGACUGGGAGUCGGAAGGGGUCGGUGAUGUCCAAAUCCUUCAUAAAGUCAAGGCCGAGCAAUUUCUGACAGCUCCACAGGACUGGGUGUCGGACAGCGAAGCCCGUAAAAAAGCUAUGCGAUCCUCGAUAGAACUCACGCCGACCCAACAUGCAAACAAAAUCGAGCCGACGAGUGAACCAUUCUCCCAUCUCAACCCACCUCGACCAAGAGAACCCCCUUCCUCCGUCCUUUCCACUUCGCCUCCCGGUCGGUCGUCGACUCUACCUCCUAUUCCGAGAAGCUCCGCGCCCAAUCGCCCCCGGAAACAGUCAGUGUCGAAACGUGCUCGGGAGCCGCAACAUAAAAGACAGAAGUCUCGCGAACAAGCUCACCUGAGACGCAUGAGCUAUGACCGGAAAGCUUACUCGGCGGAACCGUCGAGUAAUUUGGCGGCAGCAUACGGCAAACGAUGGGAAGAUCUGAUAGACGCCGCAACUUCUGCCACCGAAGAAGACGAAGAACGAACACCCGUCCCUCCCUCACCUAUAUCAGUCAAUCGUGCUUCACUUCCCCCCUUUUCAGCAUCCCAUUUCCAGGGCUACCAAGCUUCGCCUCUCCAACAAGCCCUUACUCCUCCAGCGUACCCCCGAGAAGCUCCGGAACCCUUCCCAUCCGUCGAGAGCGGUGAGAGUAGUGGUGAAAACUUCCACAUCGGAUCCCAGGGCCUCUCCGACUCCUCCCCCAGCUUCUCUGUUGGCACUCAAAUAUACUGCGCUGCUUGUCAGGGGAUCUCGCUGCUGAAGGAAUCUUACGCAUGCACGGAGUGCAUCUGCGGAAUCUGUCAAGCUUGUGUAGAUGUGCUCAUGGCGGAGCACGGAGCCCGGCGGAAGUGUCCACGGUGUGCGACGAUCGGGGGACGAUUCAAACCCUUCCAGCUGGACAUCAGAUAGGGAUCUCCCCCCUUUUCUUUCUUAUUUUCUUAUUUUCCCCUUUCACGAAAAAUUACG